AUGAAGAUUUCGCCAAUUCAACUUUCGCCAACGUUCACCAAUAGAAGUGGUGAAGUUAGCCCAAAACGGCGGUUUUUCACAGAGAGUACACUGUUUUUUUCGAAAGAACGUGGACGGAAUCACAUAGUUUCGGAUUUUCUUGUUCAACAUCCGAGUGGACCGCUUUUUAAGCUUAGUGAAGAUGAAUGGAAACAAGCGGUUGCAAAAUAUAAAUCAUUAAGUGAUGAUGGUGAUGUUAAUCAUCUUCGUCGAACAGCAACAGCUAGUAUUAAUAUCAGAACAGACGCUUACUUCGAUAAUGAUAUGAUCUCAAGUCAAUCUGAAAGACUCUUUCAAAUGUUAGAAUUCAAACAAGAAUACAAGAAUAAUCAGAUAGAAAUAAUCGUGGACAACGCAAGAACCCACACUACCAAAGCAUAUUCAUUACAAGAUUUUGGUAAAAAUAUCGGUACUCGUUGUCCAGUUAAACAAAUUGAAUAUAUCGAUGAAAACGGCUCGAUAAAAGUUAUUGAUUGUUAUUUUCAACGUGGAGAAAACAAAGAUAAAACAAAAGGUUUAGUUGAAUUAUGUAAAGACCUAGGUGUUCAAUUACCAGAUAAAGCUAAGUUAAAGCACCUUUUUCCAACAACAACUCAACAAUCUUUUGGUGACCACGAUAUGAUGCGGCGUGAAGGGCUGUUGAACCAUUCGGCUCCCGUCAAUUGCUUUCGUCUAGAAUCAUUGUCUGAAGAUAUUGAGUGA